AUGUUCGCAGGGAUCUCCGAGGAACAGGACGACUACAAGUACUUCUACACGCUGUGCGGCCUGCGCCUCAAACUGGGCGUCACGGAGGGCCCGACUCAUUGCGCCAAGAUCGCGGAAUUGUUGCGCCUCCACGCCGCCGAGGAUGAGGGCGAGAUGAUCAACCUGAAGGAGUUCGAGGGCGGCGCGCUGGAGGGCCCGACUCACCGCGCCCAACCCGCGGAGCUGAUUCGCCGCCGCGCCCCGGCGACCGAGGACGUGCUGAUGCGCGCGAAGAUGUGCGAGAACAGCGGGUCGUGCGGCGUCCCGCGCGACUUGGAGCAACUUCGCGAGUGCUGCAACGAUGUGGCUUACAGCGUGUGCGACCUCGUGAAACAUUUCUUAAUUUUGCGAGGUGUCGGCAGGAACGCGGAAAAACGUGGAUAG